GCAGGGCAUGUGCAGUUGGGCUUCCCUCUGCGGCAUCUCCGAAGAGAAGCUGCCUCUCCACCGGAGCACCUGUUGGGACUUAAGCAUCAUCCCUGGAUAAGGAACAGGAUCGCCAAGUUACAUAUUACUCAGCAGGAAAGGGGGAAAAUUUAUCAUUAACUGGGCUACUCAGCCAGGAGGUAUAAGAAGAAACGGAUCAGCCCAGACCGGGAGGCCCUGAAACUGGCAGGAUGGCCACCCCGGCGGCUACCACGGUGCUGGCCCAACAGGAGUCGACCUCGCCUCACAUCGCAAUCGCAAAUGCAGCCGACAUCUCGGUGAUUGUCAUCUACUUCCUCGUUGUCCUAGUGGUUGGCCUGUGGGCCAUGUACUCGACCAACCGUGGAACCGUCGGAGGAUUCUUCUUGGCCGGCCGGAGCAUGGUGUGGUGGCCGAUCGGGGCCUCUCUCUUUGCAAGCAACAUCGGCAGCGGCCACUUUGUGGGCCUGGCAGGGACCGGGGCGGCUGCAGGAAUUGCCAUCGGAGGCUUCGAGUGGAACGCCCUGGUGAUCGUGGUGAUUCUCGGCUGGGUGUUUGUGCCAAUCUACAUCAAGGCCGGAGUGGUCACCAUGCCGGAGUAUCUGAAGAAACGCUUCGGAGGGAAACGGAUUCAGAUCUACCUGUCGGUCCUGUCUCUGCUCCUGUACAUCUUCACCAAGAUCUCGGCAGAUAUAUUUUCCGGAGCCAUCUUCAUCCAAAUUGCUAUGGGACUAAAUAUUUAUGUGGCCAUCAUUAUACUGCUGACUAUCACAGCCCUUUACACCAUCACAGGAGGACUGGCCGCCGUGAUCUACACCGACACGCUCCAGACCUUCAUCAUGUUGGUGGGAUCCGUCAUCCUGACCGUCUUCGCUUUUAAAGAAGUCGGGGGAUAUGAGGGCCUGCUGGAGAAGUACAUGACAGCAAUCCCAGCCAACAUCUCCUACAAUAACGUGACCAUCCCCGAAAAGUGCUACACUCCCCGUCCAGAUGCCUUCCACAUUUUCCGGGACCCGGUGGACGGCGACCUCCCUUGGCCUGGACUCAUCUUUGGCUUGAGCAUUCUGGCCUUGUGGUAUUGGUGCACUGACCAGGUCAUUGUCCAGCGAUGCCUCUCGGGGAAAAACAUGUCCCAUGUCAAGGCUGGCUGCAUCAUGUGCGGCUACUUGAAGUUGCUGCCCAUGUUCCUGAUGGUGAUGCCAGGCAUGAUCAGCCGCAUUCUCUACCGAGGUGAGAGCUGGGCCACCCAGAGGGCAGAGGGCAGAGGGAGGCCAACUUGCUCAGCUCCCUCAUGGGGCCCACACUUUCCUGUUUUUGGGUUCACAGAUAGAGUGGCGUGUGUCGUUCCCUCGGUGUGCAAGAAGGCUUGUGGGACAGAGGUUGGCUGUACAAACAUCGCCUAUCCAACGAUGGUGGUGGAACUCAUGCCAGACGGGCUGCGAGGCCUGAUGCUCUCUGUGAUGCUGGCUUCACUGAUGAGCUCCCUCACUUCCAUCUUUAAUAGUGCCAGCACCCUCUUCACCAUGGACAUCUACACCAAAAUACGCUCCACCGCCAAGGAGAGGGAGCUCAUGAUCGUCGGCAGGCUGUUCAUCCUGGGCCUGAUUGGCGUCAGCAUUGCCUGGGUGCCCGUGAUCCAGUCUGCGCAGGGUGGGCAGCUCUUUGACUACAUCCAAUCCAUCACCAGCUACCUGGGCCCACCCAUUGCCGCUGUCUUCUUCCUGGCCAUCUUCUGCAAGAGAGUCAAUGAGCAGGGUGCCUUCUGGGGCCUGAUAGUGGGACUGGUAAUUGGGCUGUGUCGAAUGUUUGCAGAAUUUGCCUAUGGAACCGGCAGCUGCGCUGUGCCCAGUGAAUGUCCAGCGAUCAUCUGUAAAGUGCACUACCUCUAUUUUGCUAUCAUCCUUUUUGCUGUCUCUCUCACCAUCAUUCUGAUCGUCUCAUUCCUGACCAAGCCAAUCGAUGAUGUCCAUCUUUAUCGUCUUUGCUGGACUUUGCGCAACAGUAAAGAGCAACGUGUCGAUCUGGACGCAGGGGAGAUGGUGCAAGGAGUGGAGGACUAUGAGGAAGAGCCAGCCCAAGAGAAAGAGACCAACUGUUGCAAGAAAGCCUACAACUGGUUCUGCGGCUUGGAACAGACGGGCCCCAAGCUGAGCAAGGAAGAGGAGGAGGCCCUGCAGCAUAAGUUGACAGACACAACGGAGGUGCCAUUGUGGAGGCGCGUGGUCAACAUCAACGCCAUCAUCUUGCUGUCGGUGGCUGUUUUCUGCCAUGGAUUUUUUGCAUAGGUCAAGCAUUUUAUUUGAGAAUGAAGUUCUUGAUUGCUGAAUUGCACUGUGACAUCAUAAUCUGUAAAUUGCACCUUAUCAGACUUGAAACUCAUUUGCCAGGAGAAUCACUGAACUCCUCCCGUUAACUGAACACAUGACCGACUGUGAAUGCCGUUGACUGGGAGGGGCCGGGUGGGGUCUGCAGACUCUCCUCCAAGGGGACAAUCCACCAAUGUUUUUAAUCCCUGUUUUUGAAUUGUGUUACCAAAGUGUGUGAGCCCGUGUGUUAGAAAUUCAGCUUUCCAGUUCUUUUUCCCUUCUUGUUUUUUAAGCGUAUGAUUUGCACAGGAAAAGUGUGUAAGUUCAGCUGCCACAGUAGGCUGACUUGGAUAUUGUUUUGGAGGCAGAGUCUUCUAAUCUUUCCCCUCUUUAUUUAAAACUCGUGCACAACUGUUUCUACCUGUAUUAACUUUGGAACUGGAACUAAUGGAAAUGAAUUAGUUCAGUUAAAAUCAGCUUGAAGUGGUUGGAAGGUGGUUUGAAACACUUUCCCUGGGACCAGGCACACUGAUGUUAUUAUCAUCCUUUGUAAUCUGGAUUUACUGUGUCACUGUAAAAAUAU